AUGCGGACAUACUCAUUACUUGCCUUCGGCGUCAGCGCUCUCGCAUGGACAACAAGUGCCCUUGCUCCGCGCCAAGGCUCCGCGCCGUACUGCCCUCCUCGAUCAGCAACACCCGAACAGCAAAAGAUCAUUCUCGGAGAGUUCAUGCAAGCCUUCUACGAAGAACGAAACGCGACCAAGGCCCUGUUGAACCACGUCGCCGACGACUACAUCCAGCACAACCCUGGCGCCCUCUCCGGCCGCGCGAACUCUCUUGCGGUCCUCGAACCCUUCAUUUCCCCGAACACGGUCAACUACACCAUCAUGAACAAGAACUUCCAAGACAACAUUGCAUUUAUUCACUACCGAAUGGAUCUUGUGGGCGGAGGACAGCCGUUCGCCGUGGUGGAUGUGUUCAGAUUCAACGGAACUUGCGUCAUGGAACAUUGGGACGUAGCGCAGCAGCGAACUGCAAACUCAACGAAUCCGAUUGCGUUGUUUUAG